CAUGCCAUUUCGGAGUAUAAAAACAGAUGGUCAGACGUCAGACGCUCCACCUGGUCAAGUCUGGUGAACAGGCCUCCUUUCCCAUUUCCCUGGCUCCUUGUAUGGCUUCUGAUGAGUACAAUCCGGUGUCCCUCAGACAGAAGUCAAAGAAGAAGAAUUUUAGAGGAAGUCCAAGAAUGAGCAGAAGGAGAGUUUCAGUGAAAGAUUUGGACCCAGUGGACCAUCAGGGCUGGCUUUAUAGGAAGAAAGAGGGGAAGGGAUUUCUGGGUAUUAAGUGGAAAAAGUAUUGGUUCGUGCUAAAGAAAACCUCUCUGUACUGGUACACAAAUCAAGUGGCUGAAAAAGCAGAAGGCUUUAUAAAUUUGACUGAUUUUGUAAUUGACCGGGCGAUGGAAUGUAAGAAAAAAUAUGCGAUCAAAGCUUGCCACCACAAAGUCAUGAUGUUUCACUUUGCAGCAGACAGCAAUGAGGACAUGAACUUAUGGCUGAAUAAACUUGGUCUGGCAUCUAUUCAGUAUGAACCCACAGAGGCUCAUACAGCUGAAUGCUACAGUGAGGCCAGUGAUCACGAGGAGUCCACUGACACGCCUCCACCGCCAUAUUCUGAGCACCACACCCAAGCUGUAGCAAAUGCCAGUGGUCUAUCGGCCACUGUGCAUCAGGGAAGCCUUCCUCCUCCAUAUUCCUCCCCUGUUCCUAGUGAAGCCACUGGAACCCUCUCCUCCCCCGUCAGUACAAUGACCUCCCACAGCUCUGUCUCAUCUCUGGCCAAGCAUAGACGGUCUUGGCUAGACCUUGUCUCCCAGGCAACCCCUACUGCUGGUGAAACUGUGGUCUGCUCUGCUGUGGUCCAUACAAUGAGCACCUCAAUAAAGGAAACCUCACAACAUCAUGAAGCCACAGCUCAAUCUCAAGACCCCCUUGGAUGCUCAUCUAGCACAUCACCUAUGGCAAUAUCCACAGAGCCAGAGGAACCAGAAACACAGCUGAUCUCAACUGACACCAGACAAGAAAUUCUAGAUGGACAGGAAGGAACUGAUGAUGAGAUGGAAAGAUUGUACUUACAUUUGAAAAGAGCGAGUUUGUCUCCAAUGGGUGAGCGGAAGCCAUCAUCAAAAUGGGAAUUACGAGCCUCAUUUAUAAAGCGUUCCAAAAACCAGACACUCAAUGAGAAGAUACAUCUCAUCAGAACCCUCAACAGCACUCUAAAGGCUAAAGAAGCAGAUCUACUGACUUUGGAGCAGGUAGUGGCUGACUCCACUCUCACUGCAAGUAAAUUCAGGGAGUGGAAAGAGACCAAUGCUGUUCUGCUGCAGGAGAUUAUUCUGAGCCGCCCCCCUACAGACUGAGCCCUUGACUGCCCCUAGUGCCUCAGCUGUGCAUCCCUCAACAUAGAUGUCUAUACACACUGAAAGAGUAUACACCAGAACACAAACACUGCAAAAAUGGAGUAUGUUUUCAAAUCUGGUCUUGACAAAAGAAUUCAAAAAAUGUAUCUAAGA